UUUUUUUCUCACUUUUCUUUUUCUUUUUCUAGAAACAAUAAUAUUCCAUCCAAAUUUAGCAAUCUUUGGUCUUCCCAUUAUAGCAGAAUUGGAACCCAAAAAAGGAGUUUAAAAAUCCAAUUUUGGGGACUUUGAAGAACGGAAGAAAGAUUGAACCUUUUCCCAUCUUCUGUUCUAUGCGAUACUCACAUUAAUUAAUAUGGGUCGUGGAAAAAUCGAGAUAAAGAGGAUCGAGAAUGCGAACAGCAGACAAGUUACCUUCUCCAAGAGGCGUGCUGGGUUGCUCAAGAAGGCUCAUGAGCUCUCUGUUCUUUGCGAUGCUGAAGUUGCCGUCAUCGUCUUCUCCAAGUCUGGCAAGCUCUUCGAGUUCGCCAGUACUGGCAUGAAGAAAACGCUUUUGAGAUACGGAAAUUACCAGAGUUCUUCAGAUGUUCCUCUGAUUAAUUCUAAAGCAGAGAACCAGGAGGAUUGUGCAGAGGUGGACCUUUUAAAGGAUGAGAUUUCAAAGCUUCAAGAGAAACAUUUACAACUGCAGGGUAAGGGCUUGAAUAUUCUGAGCUUGAAAGAGCUGCAACACCUUGAGCAGCAACUAAAUGCUGCAUUGAUUUCUGUGAGAGAGCGAAAGGAACUAUUGUUGACUAAACAACUUGAAGAAUCACGGCUCAAGGAACAGCGAGCAGAGCUGGAAAACGAGACCUUGCGUAGACAGGUUCAAGAACUUAGAAGUUUUCUCCCGUCCAUCAACCAACAUUAUGCUCCAUCCUACAUCAAAUGCUUCCCUAUAGAUCCCAAGAACUUACUCGUAAACAACACUUGCGUGGACGACAUUAAGUGCAGCCUCCAGGAAACCAAUUCAGACACAACUCUGCAAUUAGGGUUGCCGGGAGAGGCACAGGAUAGAAGGAAGAAUGAAAGAGACAGAGAGAGCCCGUCAAGUGAUUCAGUGACAACUAACACGACCAGAGCAACUGCAGAGAGGAUCAGUCUAGUUUAGCAGAAUUUCCAUCUGAAAAAAAACAAAAAAAGGCAGAGGUUACUCUGUUUAGCCAUAGAGAAAAAUGGGAGUGAGGUACAUAAUGGUGCGUCAUUAGGCGAGCAUUCGAUUAUUUUAAAGCAGUUUUAGAGGGAU